AUGGCUGCUAUCUGGCCCCCGGUCAGUACCGACUUUCGUUGGAGACUGCGCCGACGGUACCAGUCUCGAGCAAAAAUGCUGUUGUUGCAUACCCAGUCAUGGAGCCUGAAAUUGGCCGCUAUCACUGCCGUGUCUCCAGGACACACGAUUCUCUUCCCAAAGAGCGUAUCCGUCACGGCUCUGCUAUAUUUAUUAUGGCGCUCUGUCCUCAAUAAGGAGUGAUCCUUGUUAUUUCCUUCUCCCUCCCUGAUACUUCGUUACAGUAAGACGUUAGGCGGAAGAGCCAUCCUUUCACUUCCUCUCCAUCACUCACUCUCCGCCGCACGCCGAGACACGGCAGUCCUACAUCAUGUCGCAAGAGAAAUACGACAUCGUUAUCGUCGGGGCCGGCCCCGUCGGCCUCCUCCUCUCCCUUUGUCUUUGUAGAUGGGGUUACAAGGUGAAGCACAUCGACAACCGACCCGUGCCCACCAAAACCGGUCGCGCAGAUGGAAUCCAGCCGCGUUCCAUUGAAAUUUUGCGCAACCUCGGCCUGAAGCGCAAGAUAAUGGCAUACGAACCUGCAAAGGUAUACAACGUCGCGUUCUGGGACCCGCUGCCCGAUGGGAAGGGAAUUUGCCGCACCGGUAACUGGCCCAGCUGCCCCGACUUCAUCGACACUCGGUAUCCGUUCACAGCUCUCCUCCACCAGGGCAAAAUUGAACGAGUCUUCCUAGAGGAAAUCGAAAAGACUGGAACAGUGGUUGAACGUCCUUCCACCGUCGUUGGGUUCAAAAAUGACGGAAAGGACCCCGAAUACCCGGUUGAGGUGAACUUGAAGGAUUUAGAUACCAAUGUCCACACAACCGUGCGCGCAAAGUACCUCUUCGGAGGCGAAGGAGCUCGCAGUUUCAUCAGAGAGCAACAAAACAUCGGCAUUCGGCACAAAGACCCCAUUGCCCACGUAUGGGGUGUCAUGGAUGGCGUUGUGAGAACAAACUUCCCAGAUAUUAAGACCAAAUGCACAAUUCACUCUGACCAUGGCUCUAUUAUGGUUAUCCCUCGAGAAGAUGACAUGGUCCGUCUAUACGUCCAACUGGCGUCAUCGACCGACAAGGACUGGAACCCAAGAAUGACUGCAACGGUCGACCAAGUUAAAGAAGCUGCAGCCAAGGUCUUCAAGCCAUUUGAUAUCACCUGGGAUCGCAUCGAAUGGUACUCAGUAUAUCCCAUCGGCCAAGGUAUCUCGGAAAAGUAUACUUUGGACCACCGAGUAUUCAUUGGUGGUGAUGCUUGCCAUACUCACAGUCCUAAAGCCGGUCAGGGUAUGAACACAGCCUUCCAUGAUGCAUUGAACCUUGCUUGGAAAAUCCACCUCGUAGAGGGAGGAAUGGCUAAGCGUGAUAUCCUAACCACAUAUGAAUCUGAGCGAAAGAUGAUCGCCGAGACCCUCCUCGACUUUGAUGCCAGAUACGCGAAACUCUUCUCCACUCGCAUUCCCUCCGUGAGCGAAGUUGAUUCUGCUCUCGGCCGCUCCAAGUCAGACGAGACCAACGAGUUCGUCAAGGCUUUCAAAUCUGCCUGCGAGUUCACCAGCGGCUACGGCGUCGUCUACACACCAAAUAUUUUCACAUGGUCACCCUCACAUCCUGCUCAGUCCCCACUCUUCAACCCCAAGGGCGUGAAACUCGUCCCCGGCCGCGCUCUUCCGACAUGCACCGUGACCCGUGUCCUCGAUGCCAACCGUGUCGCCUUAGAACAAGAAGUCCCGGCCAAUGGCUCCUUCAGAAUCUUUGUCCUCGCCGGCGACAUCAACAAAAACAAGACCGCUCUCGCUGACUUCAACUCCAAUCUCCUAAAAUCCCGCUCUUUCUAUUCCACAUACUCCCGUCCCGCCGACCAAGCCGUGUCCUACUUUGAGCGCCAUAAUCCACACUCACGCUUCUUCAGUCUCCUACUUGUCUUCGCUAAUCUGAGGGAUGAGGUCGAAAUAUCUUCGCUCCCAAGCACUUUCCAGGCAUACUCUCACCAUAUUUAUACGGAUGAUCGGAGCGACCGAUUCGUUCCGGAUGCCAAGGCACCAGCACAUGAGAAGAUGGGUCUGGAGAAGGGUGGCGUAGUUGUGGUAAGGCCUGAUGGACAUAUUGCCUGCUCGGUGGAGUUGGUGGAAGGAUCAGGAACCGUGGACGCAUUGAAUCAGUUCUUUGGAUCGUUUUGCGAGAAACCCCUCGGUGGAGAGGCUGGGCAGUCGAGGCUUUGAGAGUAAAAAUAGGGUAAGAAGUUGUUCAUGCCAUGAUUUCUAGAUAUACCUUCGAAGUGUAC